AUGGCGGGGAAGCUAGCACAAAAGAGUGCGAUCACGUUAAGAGGAUCAACCGAUAUUGUUGCCGAGUUUUUCAGUUAUGGCAUCAACAGUAUAUUGUACCAGAGAGGCAUUUACCCACCAGAGACUUUCAGCAGAUGUCAAAAGUAUGGGCUCACUCUACUUGUCACAACAGAUGACACACUCAAAAAAUAUUUAGCAGAGGUGCUAGCACAGAUAAAAGAAUGGCUUUACAGUAUGACAGUCCAAAAGUUAGUGGUGGUCAUCAAGAGUGUGGACACAGCAGAGGUGCUGGAGAGAUGGCAGUUUGAUAUCGAAUGUGACAAAUCUGCCAAGGACCCUGGUGCAAAACCUAGAGAGAAAUCUGAAACUGAUAUCAACAAAGAAAUAAGUGCAGUAAUCCGUCAAAUCACAGCCACAGUCACUUUCCUGCCACUGUUGGAGACUGCAUGUGUCUUUGACCUGUUAGUUUACACAGAUAAAGACUUAGAUGUACCUGACAGUUGGGGAGAGUCAGGUCCACAGUUUAUUUCAAACUCAGAAGAAGUGAGACUGAGAUCUUUUACAACCACAAUACACAAAGUGGAUGCAAUGGUAUGCUACAAGAAAGAUGACUGAUGUUUGCAUGGGUUCUUUUUUAUUGCUUGAAAAUUGCGGCAGCAAGCAAAUUUAUGGUUGGAUGCAGAGAAGAUCUCGCCAUGUGGAAGGGCAGACCUUAGAUCUUGUUGCCUUACACUCUUUAAGACGCUCAUAAUACUCAGAACAACAGCAUAUUAUUGAAAAUGGA